AUGUGCGUCAUACAAUAUGUAGUCAAUAAUGUUUAGAAUUUAAAUAAUUUAAACCAAGAGAAUUACGUAUAUUGGGAAAAACUUCUGAAUUUGAGGAAAGUUUAAGUUCAGAAGAAUGUUUUCAGAUAGUCGUACAGAUAAUCAAAAAGAGUAGGUCAAUCCUAAAAUGAAAAGUAAAAAAGAAAUUUCGGAUUAUUCGAAACAUUUUGCCUCUUGAAUAUGAAACUCCAAUACUUUAAUCGUUUAAGGAAUUUAAUCACAUAAUUUAAAGAACAAAUUUUUACAAAUAAAGCAAUUACAGGGUAUUUACAGCCAUAAUAGCAUUUUAGAAUAUCAAGGUAAAAUGCUAUUUGGAUUUAAAACCAAAUAAAAGAAAAGAAUUUAGAUUUAUUGAUGAAUCUAAAGCAUUUAUUUAAAGAAUUCUUAAUAAAAUUUGCUAUUACUGAGACUGCUCUUUCAUUAUCAAAAUUUAGAAAAAUAGUAAAAGAUUAUGCUAAAUGUUUAUAUAGGUUACCCAUUAAACGUGAUA